AUGCCCCAUGGGCAGAAAAAUGAACAGGGCCUGAUUCGAGAAAUGAUUUUAUUCAAGGAAGAAAAGCACAUGACUGAAAUUUCAGAGAACUUGAUUCACUCAAAUAAGGAGACUUCGAUAAUUCCGUCUAUUAUAGCCAUGUCCCAGUUGUUACCAGAUAAUAGAGAUAUUAUUAGUCUAUAUAAAAAUGUAUGUGAUGCGAAAGUAGAUGCUAUUAAAGCUAAUCAAGAAGAAACAUUAUAUCACUUUGCCAAGAAGCCUGAUAUAGAAUUCACCGAUGAUUCUUCUGAUGUUGAUGAAACGAAGGUUGAGAUAUGUAAGAAGAUACUCGAAAAGUACCCUAUAGGACCUGAAAAAUCUUUAUUGGAUGUAAGUAAUGAUCAAGAUCCCGGCUAUGAAUGCCAUUUUGAAGAUACCUACAAUAACAAUGAAAAUGAUUCACAGAGUAAGAAUGCUAAU